AUGUCUUAAAACAGUUCAACUAUUUCUAUGAAUAAUGAGAUCACUAAUUUCCUCACAUAAUAGAACAUAGAAUAAGAGAUAUUUGAAAUUCAAUAAGAAUAACAGUUUUUCUCUGAAAUUUUUGUAGAGAUUUUAGGAAUUAAUGUUAAAACUGUUGAAGAAAAGAAAAGGAAAGCUUCGUAAGAUAUAUAUAUAUUUAUGUUUUAGAAUUAUUAAAAAGAUUAAUAAAGGACUUAGAUAAACACCAUAAUAAUUAAGAAUAGUGAAUAAAAUUAGAAAAGGUGCUGAUUACACCAAGAAAUAUUCAAAUAUUCAAAUAAAAUCGAAUAAAUAAGAUGAUUACUUAAAUGUUCCAUUACAUAAUGGAAAUCAAUAAAAAGGGUAUUAGGAAACAUUGGAAAUUUAAGAUGAUUUGAUAACCUUUCCUUUAUCCUUGAAUUGUAACCAAUCUUAAAGUAUUUAUAAAAUAAACUUAAUUUAGAUUCGAUUCUCUAUAGUUUCCAAGACAUCAAUACAAUCAUCACAAAAGUUAAGAAAAAAAUAAAUUGA